AUGGCUGAGAACCAAGAAACUACACCGCUUUUAAAUGAAGGAACUUCUACUGGUACAUCCACUAAACCAGCAUCCAAAAAGACCCGAAUAAUUUUAGGUAUUUUUGCAAUUAUCGGAAUUCUUGCAAUUACAGGAUGGACUGUUUACAGGAUUACUGAAAAGACCCCAUUGGUCAAUGAACCAUUAAAAAUCCGAUUAUAUACACAUAAUAUAAGAUUUGAUAAUCAUCAUACUGAUGUAAAUGAAGAGAAGUGGAGCAAAAGAAGACAAUUGGUUACGUCAUCGAUUGACUUUAAUACAGACAGCGGUCUGGCUAAUGUGGUUUGCUUACAGGAGGUGUUGCAUAACCAGUUGGAAGAUAUUUUGUAUAACUUGAAUGAAGGUAAUACUACGGAUGAUUGGACGUAUUUUGGAGUUGGGAGAACCGAUGGUAAGACUGAGGGGGAGUACGCGCCGAUCUUGUUUAAACGUGCAGAAUGGAAUGUUGUAGACAAUAGUACCAGCUGGUUGAGUGAAUCCCCCGAAGUUCCAAGUAGAGGUUGGGAUGCUGCUUUAGAAAGAAUUGUUAGUAUGGUUACCCUUGAAUCUAAAGCGAACCCUUUCGUAAGAUUGAAUUUUUUCAAUACCCAUUUUGAUCACAAGGGUAAGAAAGCCAGAAGGGAAUCAGCCCGUUUGAUCGUUGAUAGAAUGGAAAACUAUAAUGGUUAUCCUUCAUUUUUAUGUGGUGAUUUCAAUACAAAACCUGAGGACGAACCGUACCAAAUAUUGAAGCUGCAUGGUUUUAAAGAUAGUAGAACAUUGAUCGAUCAGUUACACAGUUAUGGCCAUAAGGCGACUUUCACAGGUUUUGAUAACUUGCAUGAAGAUACAGCUAUUAUUGAUUAUGUUUGGGGUCCAUAUUUUGCUAAGAAUGGUAAUCAGUCUCCAUCAAUUUUGGAACUGGAAGAUAUCAAUUACUAUGAUCUUGAUUUACAUGAAGAAUAUAAAGUUAUGAUUAAGCAAUAUGCUGUUUUGCAUUCACGUUUCCAUGGUUUUUAUAUGAGUGAUCAUAGACCAGUUUCUGCAGAUUAUUAUAUCUAUAAAGAUUAG